CCAUAGUCAAAAGCCCAGAGUGCACCCCGGUGCUGUGCCACUGCAAAGUUGCCUGCACCAACAACACUUUGUCGUUGAUGUUUGGAUGCAAGGUAGGUUGCAGACCACUCUGUUUGCUUCAGAGGAACACUAGGAUGUUGACAGUUGCUCAUUUGAAGUAGUACUGUACUAGAGAUUUUUCUGUUAGACUUCUGAGUAUUAUCCUGUGCUGCUCUCUGUAUUAUUGUUUGCUAUAGUACCUGAUGGAAGAGAAUCCUAUGGGAUGAGGAGUCCACUGUUGGUUGUGUUUGUCUAUAAACUGUCAAGUGAGGAAAUUAUUUACAUUUUUUUGAAAAGCAGUGCUAGCCCAGUUUUGUUUUCCUAUCUGCAUCCCUCAAAGCUGGAAGAAUGCUUACUGGGGCUUAAUGAGGCCAUAUUUACAGCUCCUGUUAUAUUUCUGCAUCCAUGUACCACCCUUCAUUCAUCGCUGUUAAUGUGCUGUUAUCAGUAGAUUUGUUAAUUUUUAACAGGAGCUUUGUUUCAUUCGCCCGCAAUUAGCGAACCGCCCCAGCAAAGGAUGUGUUCAUUCCAAACGCAACAUUUUUGCAUUCACUGUAUCUAGCUAGCAACAUGUCGGCUGGUUUACUACAACGGUAUGAAACCAAUAAAAACUGAUUUUGCUGUGAUUUAAUUGCAAUAAACAGAUAAAAAGGAUGCUGAAAUAACGAUAUAAUGAUGUUGAUUUGUAAAAAGUCUGAAUUCAUGCUUUGGCAGGUCUGUCUGCAAGAUGACAGGCAAACAAUGCGAACAUUGCAGCUGUUACACCAACACUCCAAUAGCGUAAUCUAGUCAUAAAUAGGCAGCACCAUUAUUGUUUCUACUAAAGACAGUCUAUGGUUUACACACAGAGGUCUGACUGGUCUCUGUAUGAUGAGGUCCUAUCGUAGAGCUCUGGGUGCCAACAGACAGCUGCUAUCGUUCUUUUGAUUCAACAACUUCAGGAUGUCAGUGACAACAGAAGAACAAUGUCAAGGCGUCGCACAAAUUUCUCGUUUGAAAAUAUUUCUACUCAACUCGCAUCUAUUCAUGUAUUUGUAUUGAAACUAUGUAAUUGCGCCACACAAAAAGUUUGCUUUGCGUUUUAUGUGAACUGCAGAUAUUUUGGUCUUUACCUGGGUUGAAGGGUUCACUCAGGGAAGCUGGUUUGGGUUUGGGGUUGUUUGUGCAUUAAGCUACUGCUGAUAGUACACUACUGCCUGCAUGCUGCACUGCUACUUCCUAACUGUGAAGCCAGAGGUGUUGAUAAUGAUUUUGUGGUAAGAUAAUGUUGCCAAACAUUGUAGCUACUUUAAAACUUGAUGUUCAGUACUUUUUAUAAAAUUUUAGACGAGAUACAUUCCAUAACAUGUUGAGAAGAAUAGCUCAGUAAACAUGAACUGACAUUAUCUCUUACUUAGGAUGAACAUUUACACAGGUGUAGUGGUUUGGUGAAGAGAUGUAGGUGCAUUUAAUAACGCUGAGCAAAGCCUUUUCUUUUACUUUGUCAGGUCUGUAUCACUAUACGAAACCAAAAACCCUGCCGCUGGAAGAGUGGCAGACAAGUUGAGCAUGCUAGUGCGUCUGCUGUUAUGAGACUGAUGCUGCACAUCAAUGAUGACAUUUGUACAAACAGUCUAAACCACAUAGAUACAAGUCUCACAAGGUUAUGAACAAUGGUUUUGUUUAAACGUAAGAACUGACACAUAGUUUCACAUGACAUUGAUUCCACACAGUGAGCGUUAUGGAUUACAUUACAUACAUAUAGGGGACAAAAGAGCACUGGUAUUGGAUUUAGGGAUGCACUGAUUCUUCUUCCAUUUAUUCAUUUCAUUGAUUAUCAUUUCAUUGGUUAUCAUUUCAUUGGGUAUCAAACCCGAGUACCAAUCAGAUAAAUGAGCUGUAUGACUCACUAUGUCGGAGAGACGGGGAUCAUUCUUUACGUGUAAGGCAACAUCAGGCUAAACUUAAGUAUGAGUCAUAACUUUGGAAUGCAAAAUGUCACACAUUAAUACAUAAGUAUAAAGGUACUGAAUUGUUCUUUAUUCAAAUGACAUCAGAUACCCGAUUGGCCCAUUGACACCAAAACAUGAUCCAGUCAUAUUGGACCAGUCAGUAUGCUGCAUCCCUAUUGGAUUGGUAGUCAGUAUAGCAUUAUGUGGACAAAGAGACUCUUUUUUCUUUAACCUUUUUCUUUUCAUUUUUACAGUUUUCUUUUAAUUACUAAACUUUGAGAAGCAGGUACAAUGACUCCUAUGUGUAUGCCACACUGAAAUAUCUCAGAAAACAGAAAAGACUGAAAAAGACAGGUUAGGAUAAAAGUUCAUGUUUUCUGGAGUCAAAUAACAGGCAAACAUAUCUGAGAAGGGGCGGGGCUCAGGAUCAUCAAUCCAAGACUCAGGCAGUAAAAGGCGAAGGUGGAAGAAAAGUAGACAAUCUGGAAGGGAAUGAAUGGUGAUGGGCCGGUAUGAUGAGGGAAAAGGGAAGCAGUGGGGGAGCGCGGAGGUCAGGUAAUGUGGCAGGAAAGGGGUCACUGCAGGGCAGGAGGGAGUGGCUGCCUCUGAAGUGACAGGCGGGUUAGUAUGUGGCAGGGGAACAGUGCAGUCAACAGAAUUAUUGGGAAACAGAAGUAAUUUAGCUUCAGUGAGUUAUUCAUGGCUCUUACUGUGGAUCACUCUCAGCUCUUAGGUUUUUCUAACUGUGGUUUCUCAGUACAGCUUCACGGACGUGACAAUUAUUCAAAUCUUCCUCGUAAUCACUUCAAAUAUGUGCGCUGAUUCUCCUGACUGUGAUACAGCUUAGACAGUCAAGCUGUCCACUGAGGUCUGUUGUCUCUCCCCAUCUUUUCUGUCCCUGGUGAAGUGCUUUCCCCUCUACUUACAUCCACUGGUUUUGAAAUGAAUGAACGCGUUUGUCUACAUCAGUCAGUUUAAAAGUAGGUGUUAAUAUAUUUCUUGUUGUGAUCACUGUUUCCUUCUUUAACUGUUCUGAGAUCUGUUUUCAUGUCAUUGGAGUUGAAUAUUGCUCUGAUGCCACUGAGAUUACAUUUCCUCUUCCAGCCCUUAUCAUCACGUACAGGCUUUUAUAGAAUUUACAUACGCGAAAUCUCUCUUGUACAGUGCCUGAUAAUAUGAUUUAGAACACAUACCGAGAUGAAAACUUAUCAAGAAUCAAAAGGCAUCAACUACAGUAAAUCUAAUUCCCAGACUAUAGAAUUAUUCCAUGUAAUCCCAUGAAUAACAGUCACUGUAAAAACAGCCAGACAGUCGGUGAGUACAAAAUCCAUUGCUCACCUGAAAAGAGUUUGACACACUGAAGCUAAAAACAAACAUUAGAUGACAACACGUGUGUGUUUGACUAUAAAAGAGAGAAAAACAGAGGGCAGGUGCUUUUCUUUUUCUCACAGCUCAGCUCUCCCUCCUGCUGUCCGUAGGAAUUAGGACUGUAGCAGAGAAUGGGGGAAGAGAGUCUAACUGUAGAUAUAUAAAGCCACAGAAAGAGGUCAGUGCACACAACGGCUGGGAGAUUCCACACUAAAUCUGCACAGAGGCUCUGAAUCGGCCCUUGGCCAUGCCAACCCACAUUUCCAUCUCAUCUGGAUUCUGCUGUAGUGAACAUCAUAGAGAAGGGAUCCUCUCAGUGGAGCAUGACAGCACCACACAUGAGCAGUGAUGCUCUGCACACAGCUCAGCCCGACCAGCCCCACAGCAACAGCAUUCUACAAACCCCAACGUUGAGAGGCUUUGCACUACAGGAGGAGAGUGUGCAGUGUUUAUGGUGUGCUGACUUCAUCAGGCUUAAUCAAGAAAAGGAAUUGGUUAAUUAUGUUGAUUGCCAAGAAGUGCAAAAUUAGCAACUUGACAUGAUGAAUGAAACAUCAUUUUCCUCUUUGAGUACUGUGAAGUGUGACUAAUGUGAGAUUUCCUCGAGCUGCACAUCAAAAUACAUUACAAACAUGUUACUAAUAAUUAUAUGCAUCAUACACUAAUGUAUUACUUAUAAUGCAUGUGUUGUUGCCGAGCUAACGAAAACAUUUUUAUACCAUUUUUUUCUAUUUGUAUAGAUUUCUAUACAAAUCUACUCGCGUAUCAAAACAUGAUUGAAUUAUCUCCUUCAAACCCUCUCUUCCUUUUCUGUAUUCCAGACUACACUUUUAAUCAGUGUUGAGUGUUCAGUGUGCUGAAAUGAAAAAGGAGAAUUCCAUGUCAUUAUUGUGUCUUUUGAUUUACUUCGCAGCUGGAUUCUUGCAACGUCACAAGACCAUGUGUGAAUCGCAGCGUCACAUAUCACACCAAAAUCCAUCUUGCCAAGCUUCAAGUAAUGCGUUUGAGUGGCUUAGGUGUGUGUGAGACCAUACAGAGAGACAAGUGUUUGUUCUAAACAACAAUGGCGACUCCUAAAGAGAACAGGCCACCAGCAGUACAGGGGUCACCCCACAACGGCCAGCCCCCACCCUGCAUGAAUCCUGCCUUGAUGAACGCUCCUUGGCAGUACCACUACCAACAAGACGACUCUCCGCCUCUUGACCAGGGAUUCCCGCGGCUCACCAACGAGGUGCAGGCCCCUGAGCUUGUGCACGUGUCCGAGAAGAACCUGUCUGAGAUCGAGAAUGUGCACGGCUACGUGUCCCAUUCCCACAUCUCUCCUCUCAAGCCUGCACUGGUUACCCGUUUUGAUCUUGCAUACCCCGGUGUGACCACAGCAAACUACAUGGCCAGCCCUGCGCCGAUGAUCGUCAACACAGACACUUUGGAGUCGGUUCCUUAUGUCAACGGCACAGAAAUUGAAUACGAGUUUGAGGAAAUCACUCUAGAGCGGGGUAACUCAGGGUUGGGCUUUAGCAUCGCCGGAGGCACAGAUAACCCACACAUUGGUGACGACCCCGGCAUCUUCAUCACCAAGAUCAUCCCUGGAGGAGCAGCAGCCGAGGACGGACGGCUGAGAGUAAACGACUGCAUCCUGCGGGUGAACGACUCAGACGUGUCUGAAGUCUCUCACAGUAAGGCAGUAGAAGCCCUGAAGGUUGCAGGUUCUAUUGUUCGGCUGUACGUGCGGCGCCGCAGGCCGAUGCUCGAGACCAUCAUUGAGAUCAAACUCAUCAAAGGACCAAAAGGGCUUGGCUUCAGUAUUGCAGGUGGAGUUGGAAACCAGCACAUCCCUGGUGACAACAGCAUAUACGUCACCAAGAUCAUCGACGGCGGGGCAGCACAGAAGGAUGGCCGGCUACAAGUAGGAGACCGGCUGUUAAUGGUGAACAACUACAGUCUGGAGGAGGUGUCUCAUGAAGAGGCUGUGGCCAUUUUGAAGAACACGUCGGACGUGGUUUACCUAAAGGUGGGAAAGCCCACCAAUGUCUACCUAUCAGAUCCCUAUGGGCCUCCUGAUAUCACACACUCUUUCUCUCCAGCAAUGGAAAAUCAUAUCUCUUCCCCUGUCAACAGUGGCACUCUGGAGUACAAGUCUGGUCUCCCUCCCAUCUCCCCUGGAAGUUAUUCCCCCCUCCCUAAGCACUUACUUGGGGAAGAGGAUAUAAACAGGUUGGAUGGUUUUUCCUUCUUACGAAAUCCCUCGUUAGAUGACGGGGAGGGUCGCAGGUUUGAUUCCCAGCACUUCCAGUUGAGGCCUCCUGAGCCAGUUUACAGCACUGUGAACAAAUUAUGUGACAAAGCACCCUCCCCCCGACACUAUUCACCAGUGGAGUGUGACAAAAGCCUCCUCCACUCCGUCCCCCUCCCAUAUCACUUAAGCCUGUUCCCUGACUCGGACUUCACCAGGGAACCCAGGAAGGUGAUGCUCCACAAAGGCUCCACGGGCCUGGGCUUCAACAUCGUGGGUGGUGAAGACGGAGAGGGUAUCUUUGUCUCCUUCAUCCUGGCAGGAGGGCCUGCCGACCUGAGUGGAGAGCUGAGGCGAGGCGACCAGAUCUUAUCGGUAAAUGGCAUUGACCUACGAGGAGCAACACAUGAACAAGCAGCAGCAGCACUGAAGGGAGCUGGACAGGUGGUCACUAUCAUUGCCCAGUACAGACCAGAAGAACUUGCUCUAUGCUCACCUCGUCGGGCCCGCUCUCCUGCACCAGAGUACGGGCGUUUUGAGGCCAAAAUCCACGACCUGCGGGAACAGAUGAUGAACCACAGCAUGAGCUCUGGGUCAGGAUCCCUGCGAACCAAUCAGAAGAGAUCGCUCUAUGUCAGAGCACUGUUUGACUACGAGAAGUCAAAGGACAGCGGCCUCCCCAGCCAAGGGCUCAGCUUCAGGUAUGGAGACAUCCUCCACGUCAUCAACGCCUCAGAUGAUGAGUGGUGGCAGGCCCGCCGUGUCACCCCACAUGGGGACAGUGAGGAGAUGGGUGUCAUCCCCAGCAAGAGACGGGUGGAGAGGAAAGAGCGAGCGCGUCUAAAGACUGUGAAGUUCAAUGCCAAGCCGGGGUCAUUGGAUUCAAAAGGCUCAUUCAAUGACAAACGUAAAAAGAAUUUCAUCUUUACGCGAAAGUUCCCAUUCUACAAGAACAAAGAGGGUGAGCAGGAUGGCAGUGAUUCGGACCGGAGUCAAGAGGAUGUCAUUCUCUCGUAUGAACCUGUGAUGCGGCAAGAAAUUACUUAUGCCAGACCCGUCAUAAUCCUCGGGCCAAUGAAGGACAGAAUCAAUGAUGAUCUGAUAUCAGAAUUCCCAGACAAGUUUGGCUCUUGUGUGCCACAUACCACUCGGCAGAAAAGGGACUACGAGGUGGACGGGCGAGACUACCACUUUGUGACGACCAGAGAGCAGAUGGAAAAGGACAUCCAAGAGCACAAGUUCAUUGAAGCGGGACAGUACAACGAUAAUCUCUAUGGAACGAGUGUCCAGUCUGUGAAAUGUGUGGCCGAAAGGGGGAAACACUGCAUUCUGGAUGUGUCUGGAAACGCCAUCAAACGACUACAAGUAGCACAACUCUAUCCCAUCGCCAUCUUCAUAAAACCUAAGUCUAUUGAUUUAUUAAUGGACAUGAAUAAGAGACUGACAGAGGAACAAGCCAAGAAGACGUUUGACAGGGCGAUGAAGCUGGAGCAGGAGUUCGGUGAAUUCUUCACAGCCCUGGUUCAAGGAGACACCUUAGAGGACAUUUAUAGCCACUGCAAACAGGUGAUAGAGGAACAUUCAGGACCCUAUAUCUGGAUCCCCUCGAAGGAGAAACUAUAAUAACUCAUCACUCUGGAAGGGAGCCUGAACUGCUAGAGACUACUAAUACCUUUGUUGUAACAUAUGAUAACUGUAUGGCGAUGACUUCAUAAAUAUCUAUUGUGUUAUAUGUUUCAUGUGUUGGUUUUUUCACUUUUGUUUGGUUACUGCUUCUUUCACUCAACAUGAAUGUUCCUGAAUGUAUUCCACAAAGUGUUAGAGAGUUUUAGGUCUUGAAACAUGAACCAUUUGUAUGUUUGUUGAUUUUGAUUUGAACACAGAGAGAAGCUAAGUAAAUGUGUGUCCACAUCUGCACUGUGGGAGCUGGAGGUGGGGUAUAGUACAGACGUCUUUGCUUCGCUAACAUAAGAAGGAAAGUAGGUAUUCCUACUGAGAUACCCCCUCCCUUCACACUGCACCUCGCAAAGAAUCAUAUGAAGUUUAAUGUUUUGUCUGAUUUUGAGUCUAUGCAUCCCAAGGAACAGCUUUGCUUUGUGUUUGUUUACAGCUUCUUUUUCUUCUUGGAUUACUGUAUUUAUUUCUCUGACAUGACGUUGAGGAUGUGUGAGGAAAAUGUUUUGUUCGCUCUAAAACUUUCAUGAGUUUUUUUGAAUUUUAUUUAAAAGCACAUCACUCAUCCAGCUGUUGCAUUGACAAUGAUUAAAGGGAAAAAGCUGUUAUCGGUAGUGGAGAUGUAACACUAUAUUUUGCUACUUAAAUUGCUAAGGGGGGCACAAAAGCACAGAAUUAUUUAUUACUGAAACAAACUUUGAUUAAAAGGUCAUUUACAGAGCAUGUUUUAUUUUAAUGAUGUAUGUCGUGACUGUGUUAGGGUGGAUGUGAACUUUAUGGUGAAAGGCACAUUUCAUGUUUUAGGUUUGGAGUGGAAAGGGUUAAAUAUUAAUUUAAUACUGAAACACACUUUUGAAACAAUAAUAGCAGGACAUAUAAAAGUAUAAAAACAGAGCAGGCAGAACAUGAAAGUAAAGUGAAAACAUACAUUUUACAAAAUGCAGUUAAGUAUUAGAUAUUGGUAUUCUGUGGCAACAUGAAGUGAAUAAGGAUUUGAGAGACUAAAACAGGUGAGUUCUUCAACUUGAGUUUGAAGCUGAUACUGAUUAAGUCAGCUUGCUGUUCCUGAGUCAUAAUGACAGCGAUUAGAUAAUGAUUGGAUUCAUAGCUGAGGAAAACCCAGUCUGACCCUGCUCUCCGUUCAUAUCCAACAUCUUGGCGUCUCCCUGUUGAGCCGCAGUGGGUGGAUUGUAACAUUGUAACAAAAAGCAGGAUAUUUGUACUAAAAAGACUUUGGAUGAUAACCAGUUGAUUUGUCUAAAUCGGAUUAGUUUCAGAUAAACGUUUCAAUACAUUUUUGUACAGAAUGAAGACUGGAUUUUGUCCUCCAUCGCUUAGUGUCCAGUAUGAACAGGAUGCAUGACUACAGCAAGCAAAACCUGGUUCAAUGUGCAUAUGGGCACCUGACUAUUGUUUUGAGACGGACAGGAUGAUUUUUAACAUUUAAACUUAGUAAUCAUGGACUCAAAGUACACUAUUAUACAUGUGUGUCCUCAGGGUAGAACACCAAUACACCAACAGAGCUACAAUCACGUCGGACCUCCAAGUUUACCGUGAGAAAUGCAAUCUCACUUAUGAGAUUCUUCUUAGCUGGAGAAACGAUGACUCAACAACUCUUUGAACUCACACCCAGCCAGGCAACGACGUUCAGCAGAACAGCAGACAGGACAAUAAUCCUGAGUGAGCCACAGAGAGCAAGGAGGCCUGAAUACAGCUCUCGCAGACGUAUUACAGUUUGUUGUAGAAGUGGAUGAGCUCUGAUGUCCUGAGCAGACACUGCACGAUACAGUGUAUUCACCAGUUUACUCACCAUUUUAGUCCCCAGUUUACUCCCCACUUUGCUCCCGUUUAAUCACUAGUUUAAUCACCAGUUUACUCACCAGUUUACUCCUGUUUAAUCACCAGUUUACUCACGUUUAAUCACCAGUUUACUCCCCAGUUUACUCCCAAGUUUACUGCCCAGUUU